ACCACAGCAGCAACAAGGCCUCAUACUGAGGCAGAGUGGAAGCUUCCAUUUGUUUGUUGGAUCCGUGCUACAUGUUUUCUGCUUAUCCCUUUUGCUCAACACAUUCACCACACCACCCCUCCUUCUCAGCUCCUUUUUUGUGGGUCAGUGAUGCAGCGGGAGUGACGCAGCAGUGGCAACAGCCUCCAGAAAGCAACUAUACACAGCAGGAAACAGGGAACCUCUGCCAGAAUUGUAGUCCACAGACAGCAGUGACGAGAGAAGAUGGUAAAGGCCUAAUCUAGGCCAAAGGAAGAAUGGGAGCCGGGUAGUCGCUUUCCUUUGCUCCUCCUAAACAAACACCAGAGAAACUUCCACAGCGGCAGAGACUGGGCCGGCACGACCUUCUGCAAAGAAACCUUUUUGAUGACUGUGGUUUCUCCAUGCACUCAGAACCUGAUGGAUAAUGCUCAUCCUCACACUGUGCUUAGCAAGCUCAAUGAGCAGCGCUCACAAGGCCUCUUCUGUGAUGUUACCAUUGUGGUGGAGGAUGUAAAGUUUCGGGCCCACAGGAACAUCCUGGCAGCCUGCAGCGGGUACUUCAGGAAUGCCCUGACAACUUCUGAGACAUGGAGCUCUAGCCAAGUGCUGGAGCUGAUGGACCUGAAGUCCGAGGUGUUUGCCAGUAUCCUCAACUUUAUAUACUGCUCAAAGGUGGCUUCACCUGGUGCAGAGGACACAGGUGGGCUGGUAGCAGCUGGAAAAAGACUAGGAAUUCCUUUUUUAGAAAAGCUUGCAGAACAAGAGAAGCAGGAUGAAUGUGUCAAAGCCACAGACUGCUGCACAGUGCCAGUGUCUAAACACACAAAAAAGGAAACUCCCAGGCUUGAGGAGACAGACAGUGCCAGAGGACCACGCAUCACCAAUGCCUUCUCUAUCAAUGAAGUGUGUCCUGGGAGUAAUCCUUUCACUCCUGAAGCUCAAACAAAUGUGGAGCGGCAGUCGCCAGACGUGGGACAGAUCUCAUCCAGCUGUCCUACAACGUCGUGCCCUAAUGGGAACAAUGAGACGACCCAUGCCCUCUCAGAACACUCAUAUGCAGUAAGCAAAUCCACUGAGGGCAACGAUAGCAGUCAGUGGGACAACAAGAAAGUCAGCAAGCCAGCAGUAUUACAGCCGAAGCAACUCAUUUAUAGAAAUGCAGGCCCGCUUAAAAAGCGCCACAGGCUGAGAGGCAUUUUGGGUAGAAGUAUACUUCCAACACCAGCUGAACCCCAAAAUGAUACGCCAAAUACAAUAACCCCCACGGUAACUGAUGGGGUUACUCCAGCACCUGUUGCAGUCAUGACACCACCUCCACUUUUUGCCGAGGCAGAACCACACAAAAGUGUAGACGAAGGGCUACCUAUGGUCAGUGACAAUGCUCAGAUGGAGUUAGGCCCACCGACCCUUUCGCCUCACACAGAGGACAGCAUUCAAAUCUACAGCUGUGAGCACUGUCCAGAGAUAUUCACAAAUCAAGCUCUUCUCACCAUUCACUCUGAGGUACACAAAAAGCGGUUUGUUAGCCAUUUGUUUUGCAAGUUCUGCCACAGAAAGUUUAUACACCUCAAACGACUCCGCAACCAUGAGCAGGUCUGUCCUAAGGCUGGGAGAGGCCCACCUAAAAUAGACACCAGGGAUGUCUCAGACAAAGAGGCGGACCACCUCUCAGACAACAAUAUGAACACAGAGAUCAACAUGGCCCAGCUUCCUUCUGCUGAACCGUCCAGCCUUUACACAGAGCCCCUUCAAGUGGACCAGUCAGAACCUCCUCAGGAUGAGAAGGCUGUGAAGCCGGGUGGUAGUCAGAGGAGAUACAACUGCAGUGUGUGUAGACGGGUCUAUGUCACCCUAUCUAGUUUGAAGCGGCAUGAGAAUGUACAUUCCUGGCAGAGAGCCUAUCCCUGUCAUUAUUGUAAUAAAGUGUUUGCCCUGGCAGAAUACCGAACUAAGCAUGAAAUCUGGCACACAGGUGAACGCCGCUAUCAGUGCAUUUUCUGCCUUGAAACAUUCAUGACAUACUAUAUCUUGAAAAACCAUCAAAAGUCUUUUCAUGGCAUUGAUCCAAAUGUAGCUGUUAAGAAAAAAUCUGCAAAUGGUGGGCUAAAAGCCAGCGUUUACCCAAUCAAGCUCUACAGGCUCCUGCCCAUGAAGUUUAGAAAGAGACAAUACAAGACGUACAGUCAGACAUAUUCCGAGAGUGUUGAAAGAGGUGAUCAGUUGUUACUUGACAGCGGCCCUCUUAUCCCUCCAUUUGAUGAUAAUGGUCUGAUCAGUCACCUUGACACCACUUCAUUACCGCUGACAUUCAUGGCAACAACAAAAAUGGUCUCACCUGUAAUGCCUCGCAUCUGCUUUGACAAGCCAUGUGACCAAGACAUUGACCAGAACGUGAGUAGCCAAUUAGAAAUUCACGGAAGCACAAGAAAAGAUGUGGAGCACAUGGGUCCAGGCUUUCGUGACCAUGACAGUACCCGCUCUGUGCAAUCCAGCACAGAAUCUCGUGCAGGUUACAAAGAUGAUUUGUCAGAGAAAAUUAACCCAGAGCACAUCAGCCACAAUAUGCCAUUCUUAAACUCCCUGAACACAGUUAAAAAGUUAGGUGAGCUAUCAGCUUCUGCAAAAAGGGUUGAGGACAUGACCAAGGAGAUACUUCAGUCAACUGCAGUGAAUCUGGCACGUGACAACACAGUGGGGGCAAAAACUGAAACAUAUAUUGCCAAACCAGCAUGCCCAGGUCCAUCUGUUGAUAGUGAUGCCAUGCCACUCUGUCAGAUAACAGUGAAAAUUGGCAAUGAGGCAAUCAUUCGACGACAAAUCAAGGGAUCUAAACUCUUUCGCAGAAAGAAAAGGAGAAUCAGAGAACUGAGUGAGGAGCAGAGCCCAAGUCAGUGCCCUCCAACAAGGGAAAACGCAGAGAGUCCCCGGUUCCGCAUCAGAGCCGAAGCUGCUGUAGCCACAGAGCCAGAGCCAUAUGAUGAUACCAAUGACGGUGACACAGCUGAUAAACUUUGGCGUCCCUACUAUUCCUACAAAGCUAAAAAGAAAAGAAAGAAACUCAGAUACAAGCAAAGAAAAGCUAUGUUUCACCAUUCUCCUGAAACGUCAUUAGACAGAACUGCUGCCGGUGAAGUCCACCUUGACAGAAGCAGUUGGCUGACAGAAGAGAGUAUCUCAAGUGGUAGUACAGGGGUGAAACAUAGCCUUAGCAGGAACUGUAGCCCUAGAGCUACCUAUAACUGUGACAUCUGUGACAGCUCUUUCAUCACAGAGACAGGACUGAGAGCUCAUGUUAUUGGUUCCCACCCAUGUUUCUGCCGGACUUGUGGCAAACAAGGUCCCCCUGGUGAGGUUCCUGCCGGUGGGGAUUACAUCUGCAACAGUUGUAUGGAAAAUGGCUCCUGCUUUGAUAAUACCCCCCGGAGCCCCAACCCAGAGAAGAAGUACCGCUGCGCCUUCUGUCCCCAGCGUUUUCUCUACCUUGCCACCAAGAGAAGCCAUGAGAAAAAACACCGGGAGACAAAUGAGGACGGAUAUAAUUCUGACAGCUUCACAGCAUGUUCUAAAUAUUCAACGCACCCUGGUGAGGACAAUAAACAGGCCACUAUCAAAACAGAAGACAGUGGCAAUCAAAGGCACACUGACAUAAAGCAUGAGAGGUUGGAAGGAGAACGUUUUUCCACAGAUAAGACAAAGACUGAGGACACAGCUGACUUUAUGCCUUUGACUACAUACCAAGAUCUGUCAUAUUCUAGCAUUAAAGGUCCAUUGUCGCCCUCAAUUGACCCACUGUUUCCCAUGACAACUUCAAAGGUGAAACAUAAGAUAGGAAAGAAAAGACUCAAUGCACACCAUUCUAUGCAUCUCAUUUCAAAAAAGCAGGUCUGUGACCGAGAAGAUAGUAACAUGGACAUUUUGAUGGGACCAAGAACAAACAGUCACAGUGAUCGUGACAAGUCCAGCAAACUAUUUAGAAGAAAUGAUUCUGAAUCUAAAGUUACCCACAAUUCUUUACACAAGUCAGAGAGAUGGGUGUGUAAGGAGGAGCCAUUUUUUUAAGAGUGCAACUGCAGGAAAAACAGAAAGUGAAUUACAUUUGCAUACAAUUUUCUGCUUUGGUUAGGAUAUACUUUGUGAGAUUUCAGCUGCAAGUAAGUGCAAUAAAGUGUUUUGAGAGGAUGGCACUAAAUGUGGGGAUCUAAUAACAGUGUUAGGUGUAAUUUCUUCCCUCCUAAAACCAAUAACUCAGCGAUUUUUUUCACCUUUGUAGAUGAUAAUUUUUGCACAUUAUAGGACCCCCUGACACAGACUGUACUUUGUCCAUUGUCUAUGCAUGUGCGGCAUCCCUGGUGACGUGAACAUAACCUCAAGAAAAGACAUUAUUCUUGGUAAUGUUUCAAAAGGUGUGCAAUAUCAGAGCAGCAUUUGGAGUGUGCUGGACAGCUGAAAAGCUCCUUAAACUUCACUUUUCUUUUUAAAACAGUUUUAGAUAAACAAUAUGAAUUGUAUGACAGUCACAUUUUUGACUAUCUUGUUCAGUUAACUGGGCACAUUGAGUUGCACUUUAUAGAUAGACUAUGCUAAUUUGUUAUUUUAAUAUUUUGAUAAUUAAAUUUCAAUUUUACGCACCCCUGAUAUAAUUCUUAUUUCUGAUUAACACACGUCACCAUUGAGAUUAUAUGUACAACUUUUCUGUGUUUAAUAUGUAUAAAACAUGUAAAACUAUUUAAAUAAACAUUGUUGAUAUUCUAAAAUGAUGAAACACAA